AUGGCUGGUGGAGAAGGAGAAACGGGGAGGGAGCUUGACCAUACCCCGACAUGGGCUGUGUCGUUAGUAUGUGGGGUCAUCAUUGUAAUAUCGAUCAUAUUAGAAAAAACUCUUCAUAAAGUUGGAGAGACGUUUGUUAAGAGAAAGAAGCUGGCAUUGGUGGAUGCUCUCGAAAAAAUUAAAGCCGAACUUAUGAUUCUUGGAUUCAUUUCGUUGCUUCUGACAUUCGGGCAAAACUACAUCACUCAAAUAUGCAUACCGGAUAAACUCUCAGACACAAUGUUGCCAUGCGAAUUUAAAGAAUAUCAUGAUGAUGAGGUGGACGUCGAUCAUCAUCACCGCAGGCUCAUGACGUGGCACCAACGCCGAAUCUUGGCAGCUGAUAGCACGCCUAAAGAUUGCCCAAAAGGGUAUGUGCCACUUAUAUCGAGUCACGGACUUCACCAGCUCCACAUUUUCAUAUUCUUCUUGGCUGUAUUUCACGUAUUUUACGGCGCUGUAACAAUGAUGUUAGGGAGGUUAAAGAUUCGAGGAUGGAAGUAUUGGGAGAGACAAGCUAUACAAGAAAAUGAAGUAUCUAAUGAUCCUUCAAGAUUCAGAUUGACACACGAGACAUCUUUUGUAAAAAGCCACACGAAUGCAUGGAUGCAAAAUCCUAUAUUGUUUUAUGUUGUUUGCUUUUUUCGACACAUGUUGUACUCGGUUCAAAAGCCCGACUACCUUACACUACGACAUGGCUUUGUCUCGGUCCAUUUGUCUUCUGGAAUGAAAUUCGACUUUCAAAAGUAUAUCAAAAGAUCGUUGGAAGACGACUUCAAAGUGGUUGUGGGAAUCCCGUACGUUAUCAUUUCUUUCUUUUUUUCCAUUAUUAUUAUUAUUAUUAUUAUUAUUGUUGUUGUUGUUGUUGUUGUUGUUGUUGUUGUCGUCGUAAUCUUAGCAGUGGGCACAAAACUGCAGUCGAUCAUAACUCAGAUGGCGAUCGAGAUCCAAGAAAAGCAUGCCGUGAUCCAAGGAAUCCCGCUCGUCCAAGUCUCUGAUCGCCAUUUUUGGUUUAGCAAGCCUACUUUGGUCCUCCAUCUAAUCCACCUCACCCUCUUUCUGAACGCGUUUGAGAUUACGUACUUCAUCUGGAUAACGUAUGAAUUUGGAUUGCAUUCUUGCUUCCACCGAUACUUCAACCUUGCCGUAAUUAGAGUAUGUAUUGGGAUAGGAGUCCAAGUCUUGUGCAGCUAUAUUACACUCCCACUUUAUGCACUCGUAACACAGAUGGGAUCACACAUGAAGAAGUCCAUUUUUGACGAGCAAACCUCAAAGGCACUGAUGAACUGGCACAACAAGGUGAAGAAAAAGACGGAUAGCCCCAAACCACGCGCAAGGAAGCUAGGAGGAAGCCCGAGAGAUUCACCCGAAAACUCUCCACGUGGAUUUAGUAAUGCGGGCGAGCCAUCAUCGGUUGUCGAGAUGGGUCAUAGAGACCCUAUAUCCCAUAAAGAUAUGACCGACAUAGACUUGUUAUCCUAA